AUGGGAUUAUUCAAAUACUCUAGAGGAACUAAAUUAAGGAUGAGUCUAGACAGAUUUGAAGGCUGGGCUGGGAUUGUCGGGUUCAGGGACAUUGUAUUUCAAUUUCUGGGCACAUUCUCAUCUGCCAUUGACCUCAUAGCAAUAUCACCUCAUGAACUAAUCAAAUUCUCUUGGGAUACAUUGAGACAAGAGUUUCCCUGUCUUCAUCCUGUACAGCUGAACCACAUUUUAACUCACUACAUUCUUCCCAAAGGACUAGAAGGCAACAACAUCCUUUGGGCCCCGUCAGAAGAAGAUUCGAGACAAAUUGAAAACAAAGAAAUGCUUCAUGAGUCGUUUGAGUCCCAUCCAGACUUCUACCUUCCGAUCACGGGAUACUCGCUGGAUCUCAACUGUCAACUCCAGGAGGAUCAUUUGUUGCAAGACUUUGCAAUGUCACUCCAAGAAAAACUGAUAAAGAGAAAAAGAACUAGCAGUGUAGAUUCUCCGGCACGCCAUUCGCAGUCUCCAUUAGCUAAAAGGAAGACAUCAAAACCAUCUCUCGAUGUAUCCGAUAUU